AUCAAUUCAUAUUUUGAAGAGAGUGUUGGGGGUUUUGGAGUCCAUGGAAGAAGAGAGAAAGCGAAAUCGUUCCCGAAGCUCCAAUUCAGUGCUUUGGUGGUUCUUUGCCAUAGCUGCGUGCAUAAAGCUCCUUGUGGUUCCAUCCUAUCACAGCACAGACUUUGAGGUCCAUCGCCAUUGGCUUGCUCUCACGCACUCUCUUCCGCUUUCUCGGUGGUACUUGGACGAAACCAGCCUUUGGACCCUCGAUUAUCCCCCCUUCUUUGCCUAUUUUGAACGCUUCCUCUCUAUCUUUGCCAACCUCAUUGAUCCCCAAAUCGUUCACCUCCAAAAGGGCUUGAACUACACCUCAAAUACGCUCCUUUAUUUCCAUAGAAUCACUGUGAUUCUAUCUGAUUUGUCUCUCUUAUAUGGAGUUUAUAGAUUCACUCGAAAUUUGGACUCGACAAGGCAAAGAUUGAUCUGGGUAUUGGUUAUUUGGUCCCCAAUGCUUGUGAUUGUGGACCAUGUGCAUUUUCAGUACAACGGAUUUCUCCUUGGGAUUCUGUUGAUGUCGCUUUCUUAUCUGCAACAAGGGAGGGAUUUGAUGGGCGGCUUUCUUUUUGCAGUGUUGUUGUGCUUUAAGCACUUGUUUGCAGUUGCUGCACCAGUUUACUUUGUGUAUUUGUGGAGGCAUUAUUGUUGGGGAGGAUUUAUAAGAGGUUUUGGGCGUCUUUUGAUCAUGGGGGCUGUGGUUGUGGCGGUUUUUGCAGCAGCAUAUGGACCAUUCGUAUAUCACGGACAGAUGCAACAAGUCAUCGGCCGUAUGUUUCCAUUUGGAAGGGGACUAUGUCAUGCAUACUGGGCACCAAAUUUUUGGGUGUUCUAUAUUAUACUGGACAAAGGGCUCGCUUUCUUGCUUAGAAAUCUUGGAUUCAGUAUUCAGGCAACUGCAGCUUCAUUCACUGGUGGGAUAGUUGGGGGUUCCUCCCCUUUUGCUGUAUUACCUCCGAUCACCCCAUUGACAACUUUGAUUGCGAUUCUCCUCGCUUUAUCUCCCUGUCUUAUGAAAGCUUGGAGGGAUCCACGGCCAGAGAGGAUUUCAAGAUGGGUAGCCUAUGCUUACAUGUGUGGAUUCUUAUUUGGGUGGCAUGUGCAUGAGAAGGCAUCACUUCAUUUUGUUAUCCCCCUGGCGGUUGUUGCAGUGCAGAGUAUGGAUGAUGCAAGGCACUACUUCAUGCUAUCCAUAGUUUCUUGCUAUUCACUGUUCCCUCUUCUGUUUGAAGCCCAAGAAUACCCAAUAAAAGUGGUAUUGCUACUGCUACACUCCAUUCUUAUCUGGUUAGGAUUUUCUGCACUGUUCGCAAAUGGUGCAGCAGUUAAAGCAACUUUGAUUAGAAAGAAACGAGACAAGGCAAGUUCCAGCGCGGCUGCUCGGAAGGAAGAAUUUACUGUUAAUUGGGUUGAGAAAAGUUACUUGACGGGUAUCAUUGUUGUUGAGAUAGGGGGUCAGUUUUUGCACCCUCUGUUUUUUGGUGAUAAGCUUCCUUUUGUACCUCUUAUGUUAACCUCUAUCUACUGCGCAAUAGGGAUCAUGUACUCUUGGAUUUGGCAGUUAAAAUCCAUAGUUACCUCUCUUGAUUCCUAGUGUUCAUGCCUUUAAUUUCCAUGGAUGUGACACUUGAAAGCUGCUACUUGUAUCUUUUCUUGUCAUUUAUUAUUUUUAAAUUUUUUGUCCUAAACUUGGACGCCAUAGAAAUAUAACUAUUUAUAACUAGUGACA